UCAUGAUUCACAAUUCGAAAUUCCAAACACACUAGCCCCAGGUCAAUUCUCAAAAAAAUAUAUAUGGUCACUAUUUAUCUCCCAACAUCAUGCGUUUAUGUUGUUAUCUUUGUACUCACCCUACUAUAUUUACACAUUUAAAAAAAUCAAAUUAAUUGAGAAAAAUAUUAAUUAUAUAAAAAAGGAAAGGAAAAAUAAAAUAAACUCUCUCUCCACCUGUCUUUCUCUUUCUUCUCUGUGAGAAAAAAAAGAUGGAAUUAGUUGCAUCAUUUCAAUGGCCUUGUCAAUGUAAAAUCCUUGUACAAAAACACAAUCACUUUUGCCCGUAGUCAUUUGAUUUUCUCUCCCCUUCGGUGAAAGCCUUGAAACCCUUCAGGCUUUUACGGAAGGUGGGAAUUUUGACUAGAAAGGGGGUGGUUACUGUUUUGAUUACGCAAGGUUAAGUUUUUGUUUAAUCUUCAACUUUUUUAUUGAACCAUUCUCUUUCUUUUUUGUUUGUUUCUUAAUGGAAAAGUCAGAUUUUUUAUGAUUCUUGUGGUAAUUAUUGUUGAUGGGUCUCUGAAGAACUCAAUCUAAUUUUUUCUUGUGGCCUUAAGAGUUGAAGGAAAGGAAUUUUCUUUUAGGAAGAAAAAAAAAGGUUAUGAUGGAGGAUGAUACCAAUUCAUGGAUAAGGAGAACAAAAUUUUCUCACACAGUGUGUCAUCGUUUGGAUACAACUAGAUUAAGUUCUAUUCCAAUCAACACUCAAUCAGACCAAAAUUCAAGACUUUUUUCAAAUGUUAAGAGAAACCCUAUAACCAAUAAGCAGAGAUCUUUGUCACCAUUGCCUCAAACUUUUAUUUCUGAGGUGUUUAGGGAAGCUAGACAUGAUCAGAAGAGGUUUUCAACACCAGGCCCUAGGAGGGAUAAGAGAAUUAUGGGGAAGUUGUCAAACAAGGAUUCUCGGGAAGUCAAUGUAUCGAGUUUGAAAUCUACUAUCAUUAGUCCUAAUAGGCAAAGGAAUGCCAAGAACAGCAAGGAUGUUUCGUGGAGUAAGUAUUUUGAAAAUGGUGGUGGCGGCAGUGGUGGAAAGGUUACUGCUUUGGAGACGGCUGAGGAAUGGACUAUUGACAUGUCUAAGCUGUUUCUUGGCCAUAAGUUCGCUCAUGGCGCUCAUAGUAGGCUUUACCAUGGUGUAUAUAAAGAUGAAACUGUAGCUGUUAAAAUCAUUAGGGUACCUGACGAUGAUGAUAAUGGAGACAUGGCUUCUCGAUUAGAGAAUCAGUUCAUUAGAGAAGUCACACUUUUAUCUCGCCUCCAUCAUCGAAAUGUUAUAAAGUUCAUAGCUGCAAGCAGAAAUCCACCGGUUUAUUGUAUCAUCACCGAAUAUCUAUCGGAAGGUUCCUUGAGGGCAUAUUUGCAUAAGUUGGAGCACAAAGCUGUUUCUACAGAGAAGCUAAUAGCUUUCGCUUUGGAUAUUUCUCGUGGAAUGGAAUAUAUACACUCUCAAGGUGUCAUUCAUAGAGAUCUUAAACCGGAGAAUGUCCUUAUUGAUACAGACUCUCACCUCAAAAUUGCCGAUUUCGGCAUUGCUUGUGAGGAGGCAGUAUGUGACUUAUUGGCUGACGAUCCAGGCACCUACCGUUGGAUGGCACCUGAAAUGAUCAAACGGAAAGCCUACGGGAGAAAGGUUGACGUCUACAGUUUUGGGCUUAUGUUAUGGGAAAUGUUGACCGGAACAAUUCCAUAUGAGGAAAUGACUCCAAUCCAGGCUGCUUUUGCGGUUGUGAACAAGAAAUUAAGGCCGGUAAUUCCUUCAGACUGUCCACCUGCAAUGCGAGCUUUAAUCGAGCAAUGUUGGUCGUUACAACCAGAUAAGAGGCCUGAUUUCUGGCAAAUUGUCAAGGUAUUAGAGCAAUUUCAAACUUCCCUUGAGCGUGACGGAACAUUGGCUCUGGUGCAGAACCCUCGUUGCCAAGAUCAAAAGAAAGGGCUUCGUCAUUGGAUUCAAAAGCUUGGUCCCGCGUCUCCAAAUAGUGGCCCUGUGCUUAAACCCAAAUUCACAUGAAUAUUUUAGUGUCCUGGCAUUUCUAGUAAACCAGGUUCAUUGUAAUUAAAAAUGAAAGCUUUGUUUUUUUUCUUUUGUGGUUAUCUGGUUAUGUCAACUUUAUAACAUUCAUGUGAUUGUAAAUUGAAUUUUAGGCAUGCACCUUUGAGGAGGAGAAAGCAUAUUUUGUUUGCUUUGUGUGCACACACACUAAUUAUAAUCAACUUUAUGGCACUGUCUCAUCUCAUGUGUAGUUUUUGUUGACAACAGAUAAUAAACCCCUUCAUUAAAA